AUGGAGAAUAUGAAAGCAGGCUUUAGAGGAGCAAGAUUAAUCCUUUUUAAUCUCGAUGCUGUACUCUCUAGAAUGGAUAUUCGAAUCUGUACACCUACUCCUCCUUCGCUUCCUCCGAGUCAUAUACCCGAUUGGGUCUCACAAACACCUCACAAUGCCAUCGAAGCUCUUUCACAAGCAUUUUUAGUACGAUCUAUUAUUGCUCAAUAUCAUUCUAGCUCUUUUACACCUAUAUUUAAGGCUACAGAUCCUUUAAUUAAAGAUGUAGAAUACCUAGCUAGUACUGUCACGAUUUUAGCUUUUGAGAAUCACGAUCUUCGAUUGGCAAAUACAGGAUUAAGUAAACGUUGA